AUGGGUAACAAUUUUGUGACGACAUACGCGCAGGAAAUUGAGCGCAUGAAGCAGCGAAUCUGUCAGACGAAAGAAGUCAACAGGUUGCGAUACCGUAUCAACCCUCGACCCGUACAUUACGAAGUCGAUCCCACGCCACUUUGUCCCGGGGCUCACUUCCCACCUCUCCCCCCGAAGUUACCACGGCCUGAAUAUACCUCCACGGCGAAUCUGAUCAAUAUUGACGACGACGACGAAGUCCACUUCUACGUGGCCUGCGAACAAGGCCUCCUCGACCGCGUAGUCACCUUCAUCCGCGAAAACGAAGCUAGCGAGGCAGUCUUGCAGUUCGGCCUCGAACAAGCUUCCUUCGGGAACCAACCGGCCGUUGCCCGGUGUCUGCUCGAGCGCGGCACUCUCCUUCACAACAAUGUGUUUGGCCGGGGCGAGUUUGACAGACACUCCAAGUCCAGGUAUCCCAGUGAUGUCACGAUAUUUGACAAGUCUGAACCGGCAAAAGACCUCGUACCUCUCAUCCAGGUCUACCUCGAUUGGGGUUGGCACCCGAACCAGGCUUGGUGCCGCGCGCUCGAAGAUGAAGGCCAGACACCGCUCGUGAUCAAGGCGUGCCUGCUUAAUCGGCCGCUCGUCGAGCUGCUCUUGAAGCACGGGGCGAACCCGGACAUUGGAGAGAAUUCCCUAUUGGCAAAUGCAGAGGAGCUGCCUUUAAAGAGCUCAGGGGGGGAUGCUGUCAAUUUUGCGGCCCAGUUGGGAGACAUCUCCCUCGUCGACCUCCUCUUGGCUUCCGGCGCCGAGCCACGGAUCACGAAACCGUUCGUCAGCCUCGUCUCUAGCCAAGUGGAUACUGAACAGGCCGAUUUCGGCCGAGUGCCAUUCUCCCAGCGCCGGUCGAUGGCUGAACAUGUUCUCGUCGCGGGCAUCGGCGGUGUCAACGACGUGAAGUGGGUACCGAACCGACACGGUGGCGUUGCGUACCAGGUGGGGAGUGGUUAUGACACUACGGCCUUUGCGCACGCUUGCGCGGCGCAGGACUGGGAGUAUGCGGAGUGGUUGCUAGAGAAGGGCGCCGACCCUGAGUUGCUUGACGGCCUGGCGCUUAGAAAACAAUGGUGGAUAGACGGGCUUAUUGGACCGAACGAUCCCGAGACUGUGAGAAAGCUGGUGGACAAGGUCAAAGGCAAACAUCUGGUUGCCCAGUGA